AUGAUUAUAUUAUAAUUUAUUCUUGGGAUAAGAGACUCUCUUCUUUUUAGUAGCAGCAUACAGAGAUACAUUUAUCCUAAGGAAAAUUUGAGAUUGGUUGAAUUAGUGAAGAAACUGUUUAAAUAAGAGAUUAGCAAAGAAAGUCCAGAGAGUGAAGUGAUUGCGGAAAAAACAUUUGAAAGUAUGAAAUUAGCAUUACAAUUUAUGGGAUGGAUGAUUCUAUAUUAUUUAGUUCAAUGGCGAUUAAGUUUGUUGAUAGGAGAAAUUGCAUCAUCCUUUUUUUAUUGGAUUGCUGUAAUAGCUACAUAUUCAAAAUUUGCAGCAGGUAUGUGGAUUAGGACUUAAGAAGUAACAUAAGAAGCUAUAAAGAUGGAAACUAACUUUUAUUUAAAUAGAUCAUUUGUUAGCUAUUAAAUAGAUGAAUCAGAGGUAUUACUUAUGUUAGAUUAUUCUGUGACUAGGAUUAUAUUUAGUGUAUUGUUUUAAUUGUAAUCAAACAUUUUAUGCUUUGUUAUAGGAAAUUAUUUAUCAUUUCCAUUAAAUCUAUUAAAAAUUCCUAUUUACUCUUUAUUCAUUUCUAUUCAAAAUAUAUCAGCAAAAAUACAAUAUAAAAAGCAUUUAGCCUAUUAUUAUCGUCAAAAUGUAGGUUAUUUAAUUGGAUUAAAUUUUUUAUUCUCUUGCUAUUUACAUAUAUCAUCAUUUCCAUUUUUUACAGGAAUUUUAUGGUUUAUAAUGCCAUUAUAUUUAUUAAAUGCAAUUCCAAUUGAACCACCAAGAUUUGAAUAGGGUGUGGAAAACCUAAAAUUAAAAGAUUAUUUUAAAAUUUGCAGUACCCAAGGAUAUAAUCAAUUAUCAAUUUAAAGAGAUUCAUAUGUAACUCAUCUUAAUGUAUAAUUAAAUUCACUAUUUUUAGAAAUAUUUUAAUGAUUAAAAUUAUGCAUCAAUAUGCGAAAAUCAAAUUUCUUAUAUUUCAAUGCCCACCUUAUUUGUACCUUAAUUAUUGAAAUUGUUAUAAAAAAUCAUUUCAAAGCUAUAAGGACAUCAACAUUAGGAUUGA